AUGUCCAAUCUCUACCAAGUUAAGAAGGAAGAAAUCCGAGUCAUUUUUAACUACCUCAUUGGUGACAUAGAAGGUCAAUUGGAUUGUGAUGUCACAAAAUUCUUUUUCAAAAAUGAAAUUAUCAUUUGCACGACCAAACCAAGUCCUAAUACUGCCAUUUUUAAUUACGAAGUGACGGUGGAUGUUAUUUUUGACACAAGAGUUGCAUUUCCUUCUAAUAAAAUAAGUUUUUCUUAUUUCCGUAAGUUAUGA